AAUCCCAACCCCAACCCAACCUUGCUGCUGCCUGCCCCCGCACUCUUCUCACCACCUCUUCUCCCACAUAUACACACGAUUUUGCAUCCUCCACACCUCAAAACUAACUGCUGCCUCACACUCUGCUACCCUCAACCAAAGUCAUGAGGGGCUUCCCGCUGGCCGUCCUACUGCUGGCGCUGCUGCUCGCCGCCGGGGAACUGCAUUGCGCAGCAACAGCACCAGCGCCACCAGCAAAGGCAUCCGCGCCACCGCCCACACCACCACAGCACGCACCACCAUCGCCUCCGCGGCGACACCGGCCAUCGCACGGACGAGCCCCACCGGUUCCCCGGAAGCAGGACCCUCCAUCAUCACCACCGCCACCACCGCCGAAGCAGGACCCUCCAUCUCAGUCGCCGCCGCAGCAGCAGCAGGACCCUCCGUCACCGCCGCCACAGCAGAUCAUGCCGCCAAUACAGCUCGUGCCACCAAUUCAGGACCCCGACGUGGGAGCACCCAUGCCACCCAGGGGCGGCAACCGCUCCGCGGUCUGCACCACGCUCCUCGUGUUCGGGGACUCAACGGUGGACCCUGGCAACAACAACCGCCUGCGCACCACGGCCAAGGCCAACUUCCCGCCCUACGGCGUCAACUUCUACGGCCGCAGGCCCACCGGCCGCUUCUCCAACGGCCGGCUGGCCACCGAUAUGCUGGCGGACAAGCUCGGUAUAAUGAGGACCAUCCCGGGCUUCCUUGACCCGACGCUCAAGCUGGGGCAGCUCCGGAAGGGGGUGAGCUUCGCGUCGGCGGGCUCUGGAUACGACGAUAGCACUGCCACCACAUUAAGCGCGUUGCCAUUCCGGAGACAAUUGUGGCACUUCUGGCGCUACAAGCUACUGAUCCGAGCACUGCUUGGAACAAGAAGAGCAGAACGGAUUGUCAACAGGGCUACCUUCAUCAUAAGCGCUGGCACAAAUGACAUGCUCCUAAACUACAUCGCGUCGAACCGAUCAGCUGGCCCUAUCGCCAUGCUGCGGUACGAGAACCACCUGAUAGCACGCCUUGGCAAUUAUACCCAGGUGAUGAGGAUGCUUGGAGCGAGAAGGUUCAUGUUCGUCGGGCUACCCCCGAUCGGCUGUCUGCCAAUCGCGAGAACAUUGCUUGGAAGGGAUCCAGAUGGAUGCGACAGCGAUCUAAACCAGUUGGCAGCCUCCUUCAACUCGAGGCUGAUUCAGCUGUCGAAUUUCGUCAACUACCAGCCCCGAAUGAGGAGCGCCUACAUAGACACCUACACAAUCAUACGGGCAGCAACAGACAACCCUCAGAACUACGGGCUGACGGAGGUGUCGAGAGGGUGCUGCGGAUCAGGGAUGAUCGAGGUCGGCCAGACAUGCAGAGGGCGAAGGACAUGCCCAGACCCGAGCAAGUACUUGUACUGGGAUGCUGUCCAUCCGACAGAGACAACGAACCAGCUUAUCACAAGCCUGAUGCUGGACUCCAUUGCCGGAAUCUACAGCUAGAGACCCGAGUUCAAGAGGAUCCUUUGCGUAGCAAGCUAAAGUGUAAAGGCCACUACUGGGACAAUUUCUGCUUUCUUUCUUUCAUUCUUUUACAUCAGUGUCAUGAUAUUCAACUGUACUUCAAGUGUCAUGUGCUAUAUCUAACUGUACUGCAGUUUAGUUGAGUUGUAAGACUAGAGUGAAGAUGUGUUACUGUAAACUUUGCAACUGAAGAAAAAGACACAGAAUAACUAGGCUGGAACAAUAGCAUGAAUGAACAAAUUAAUGGCAGGUCAAUUCCUUACCA